AUGGCCAACCCCAACCCAAAAGUAUCAUGCCAAUGCGGCGCCAUCAGCUUCCACGCAUCACGACCCAAACCCCUAGCCGUCUACGUCUGCCACUGCACCGAGUGCCGCAAGCAGUCGUCGUCUGCGUUUGGAACAUCAGCAGUGUUUCCCGCAGACGGCAUGUGGCCCCUGCCCGCAGACGUUGUACCCAGACUGGGCAUGUGGACGCGGGUGUCGGACAAGGGGACGACGCUCGAGUGCUACUUCUGCAGGGAGUGCGGCGUGAGGCUGCUGCACCGGCCGCUCAGGCCAGACGGGACGGCGAAGCCCACGCUUACGGUGAAGGGGGGUGCUCUGGAGGGAUUCACGCUGGAGCGGGCGAAGCACAUUUGGACAAGGUCGGCGAUCAUGCCGAUUCCCGAGGGGCUUGAGGCGUAUGUCGAGUCUCCCGAGGGGUCAGAUGCCGAGGGUGAAAAAGGAUUGAUGUGA